AUGUCCUCCACUUCUCUCGAGCAAGAGAUCUUACAGGAAGCAAUUUUGGUCAGAAAUUACAGCUUAACGUGCGCUGCUGCUAUGACUCUUGCGGGAUACGAUUACUUGCUUAGCCUUGGGGAUGAGAAAUUUGCAACAUUUUCAAGCAUUUUAUCAGAGAAAGAAACUUACAUAGACAACUCUGCUGUAUGCAAUAGGCCGCUGAGUUUACACGCUAUUCAGAUGCGCUACAUUGUUCUAAUUUGUGCGGUGGCAAUCCUUUGGUCUGCAGUUGUCGACAGAAGUAUAAGUGCCAAAGCUUCUGUCUGGGAGUCGUUUCCAAAAUAUCUGAACUUGUCAUCAUUUUGCUACUCCAAGGUUGUUACUAUUGCCUUGAGCAUAUCGCUCAUAUCACCCGGGGAAAGCUACUUUGAGGACACAGAGUUGCUCACUGCCUAUUAUUGUACCAACACCCUUCCUACGGAUCAAGCUGAAGUUUGGGAAAUCCCAUAUUCCAUCAAACAAACACCUAUCUCACUGUGGCGCACUCCGUCACAAGGAGCAGUCAAUCUCACAUGGAUAAUCGUCCGUGAUAAUCUAUCAUACUUCUUCAUCGCCCUCGCAAGCAUGGUUAUUGCCAUGAUGACCGAAAUCCCUUCACUGAAUGAAGCCGUUUUGUUAACAAUGGCCGGUCCAUGGAUGAUGAUCAGCUUACGGAGGAGUUACUCUGUGGCACUGGAGUUGGGGACAGUCGGAUCAAACGAGCCUGAAGAUGAGCCGACUGGCCGCGACGUCGACAAGUCGAGCCCGAAACACCUCUGGGUAGGCUAA